CUUCCGGGUCAAUGCAGGACACUGGGCUCCGGCGGCCAGAGUGGGGGACGAGGUGAAGCGGAGCCGGGCCGGGGCCGGCCGGGACCAGGCCGGAGGCCGAGCGGCGGCGACGGCGGUGGCCGGGAGGGGGGAGGAGAGGCGCAGCCCGAGGAGCCGCCGCAGCAGCUCCCCCGCCUCCCGGGCUGAGGGAAUGCCUGAUUUCAUAGGAUAUAGACAACUGGCUUAAACCAACAUUUCUGGACAGUAAGAAGCUGUGCAAACCAAGGAAGACGUGCUUAGAAAUAUUUUCACAUAAAGAGAAUUUUAGGAAAGGAAGAUGGAUCAACCUAGUGGAAGGAGUUUUAUGCAAGUACUAUGUGAAAAAUAUAGUCCGGAAAACUUCCCUUACCGUCGUGGUCCUGGGAUGGGGGUCCAUGUCCCAGCCACGCCUCAGGGCUCUCCUAUGAAAGAUCGCCUCAACCUCCCAAGUGUACUGGUGUUGAACAGCUGUGGAAUAACAUGUGCAGGAGAUGAAAAAGAAAUUGCUGCCUUCUGUGCUCAUGUGUCGGAACUAGAUCUUUCUGACAACAAACUGGAAGACUGGCACGAGGUCAGUAAAAUUGUGUCAAAUGUUCCCCAGUUGGAGUUUCUAAACCUGAGUUCCAACCCUCUGAAUUUGUCAGUUUUAGAAAGAACAUGUGCUGGGUCCUUCUCUGGGGUUCGCAAACUUGUCCUCAACAACAGCAAAGCCUCCUGGGAGACGGUCCACACGAUACUGCAGGAGCUACCAGAUUUGGAGGAGCUCUUCCUGUGCCUUAAUGACUAUGAAACAGUGUCUUGUCCUUCUAUUUGCUGUCAUUCUCUUAAGCUACUACAUAUAACAGACAAUAACCUCCAAGACUGGACUGAAAUACGAAAGUUAGGAGUUAUGUUUCCUUCUCUGGAUACCCUCGUCCUGGCUAACAAUCAUUUGAAUGCCAUUGAGGAGCCUGAUGAUUCAUUGGCCAGGUUGUUUCCUAAUCUACGAUCCAUCAGCCUCCACAAGUCAGGUUUGCAGUCCUGGGAAGACAUUGACAAACUGAAUUCAUUCCCCAAACUUGAAGAAGUGAGAUUAUUAGGAAUUCCUCUCCUGCAGCCAUAUACCACCGAGGAGCGGAGGAAAUUGGUAAUAGCCAGAUUGCCGUCCGUCUCCAAACUUAAUGGCAGUGUUGUUACUGAUGGUGAGCGAGAAGAUUCCGAGAGAUUUUUUAUCCGUUACUAUGUGGAUGUUCCACAGGAAGAAGUGCCAUUCAGGUAUCAUGAACUGAUUACAAAGUAUGGGAAGUUGGAGCCUUUGGCAGAAGUGGACUUAAGACCCCAGAGCAGCGCAAAAGUCGAAGUCCACUUUAAUGAUCAGGUGGAAGAAAUGAGCAUUCGUUUGGACCAAACAGUGGCAGAACUAAAGAAACAAUUGAAGACUCUAGUGCAGUUACCCACGAGCAACAUGCUUCUCUACUACUUUGACCACGAAGCACCCUUCGGCCCAGAGGAAAUGAAGUACAGCUCUCGCGCACUGCAUUCUUUUGGCAUUAGGGAUGGAGAUAAAAUUUUUGUGGAAUCCAAAACAAAGUAACCUCUACCAGCCUUGUCAAAACACAUACAUAAGGACUUCUUGCAGGGCAUUUGUUUCUGAUGUGGUUUUCUUUAGGAGGGAGAAGGUCGUUUCCGUUUUGUUCUGUUUCUGUUUCAGGGGGGUUUUGUAUAUUUUGUUCCCCCUAGGAUGGGUAGGGGGCCGUUUUUGGUAUUUUCUAACCGCAGAUUUCUUCAGCUCAGCCAGCAGAAUUGGCCACACCUCCAGUCCACGCGCCCUCCCUCGUGAAAGAUGACCUUGGGGAAGCCUCGCCUCCGUACUGGGCUCCCUGGGACGUGUCUGCGCUUGGUCGCCCUGACCGUCUCGGGAUGCUUGUGAAGAGCGCGUGAGCGGUGUGUCCCCCACAGGACACAGGAGGGUGACUUGAGUAUUUAGAUCAGGAGCAGAGAUCUUUCCAGGAAGGGCCAGCCCUUCUUCCCCUCCCCCUCACCCCCCGUUCUCCCUCCUUUCCUGUUGUGGUUCAGUUCUUCGUUCUGACUAGUGUUGGCCUGUGUUUACCCAGCAGCUUCAUUCUGUCCAUCUGUAACUUCUCAUUUCUCAGUGGGGGCGGGUUUUUUCUUCAUUUCUCCCGUCUGAAAUAAUUUCAUGUUUUAAGCAUCUUUCAACCUGAUUCUGAUCUCAGGUACUCAGCACCUAUAACUGUUUGGAUCGGGAGGAGGAGCAGGCAGAGAGUGGAAACUCCAGGACAACCUGCUGUUUGGCCGCACGGGCAGGGCAGCCUGGCCUCUGUAGUAACAGUGCCCACGUCCGUUUUCGCACACAUUAUAUCAACCCUCACGUCCGUAGUAUGAAUGUGUCACAUUCCCGUGUUCUUUUAUUUCUGCUUAUCGAAUGUAUUUCCUCAUAUCUAGCUAUCUUUUUCAUUACCUUAAACUAUUGGGACCAGAGGCCUGACUUUAGGAAGGAUCCAGAAAAGUAAUGGAUAUACGUGCCAGGAGAGUUGAGAAUCUGCUCACAGACGGUCCGGAGUAUCGUAGGAGAAAAGUCAAGUGGUACAGGAGAAAGAGCGUUGUGACUUUCCUCCCUGUACCGUCAUUUGAAGCCCUUGCUCUUGCACUUUGCGCUAGAAGUGAGAAAUUUUAAUCAAAGGGAGUUUUGAGUCCCAGUUCUUCCCUGGGAUUUUGUGAUGUCAUAAUCAAACAAGUCUUUUUGUCUUACAUUUCAAUUUAGUCGCCCCUACCGAAGAACAACUCUGCCUAAUCUCUGAGUAAAGUCUACGUGUCAAAACUCCAGAAUUGCCUCCAAGUCAUAUUUUUUGCAGAAGCUAUUUAAAGCACUUUUCUCUAAAAGCUGGCUCCACAUCUGCUCUGAAAUCUUGGUGUGUGUUCCUGUAGUCCUUUGUUAAUCAGUGCACUCCCUUUCUUUAGUGUGGGUCUUUCUCGGUCCCCCAUGUUUACACAUGGGAGACUUGAAGAAGAGUCAGCAGAACUAAGGGCAGGAGAUGCACAUGAUCGAGAGAAGGUACAUUCUUUGUCAAAGAAUGUAAUCAUUAUCUGAUUGCAUUUGACUUUUGACCUUUGUUGUAGGAUUCCACCACUCCUACAAAUUAUUUAAUUUCUUAAGAAAAUAUUUAGAUGGCUUUUAUAAAAUCCUUCACAUCUGCAGAGUUGUGAUUAUUAUUGCUACUUUUACAUUUUUUCCUAUGCCAUAACAGCAAGUGUUUAUUCUCUUAAUGCACUUCAGGUUCAGUAUCUGUAAAGCCUUUGACCCAGGCCUACUGAGUCAAGUCUAUGUUCACUGUAACGCUAAAGGUGGAAGCCAAAGGGUUUGAGAAAGAUGAAUGAAGCCCAUUCUCCUGCUGGAGACUCUAUCUUUCAACGUCAGAAGAAUGAGCAAUGGAGAUCCGGCCUGGGUAUAGACAGGAAUAAUUAUUUUGCAAUCACAUUUUCCCUGACAGAUUUUUGGAAGUGGGAAAAAAGUGUGGCAACAGUGUCACGAAGAUAAAAGCUGUGGGUGCUUUGUGUAUGUGCGCAUGCGUGCUGGCGACUUUGAAAGAGAAAUGGUGUAAUGGAGCCCAUUGCUCUCAUCAGCCUGGGAGACAGAGGACUCUUAUUUUUUGAGGUUGUAUGACCCCUGACUGUCCCACAGCAGGAGGCAGAGCAAACACGUUAUGCUUUAAUCAUAAGUGGAAUGGUCACAAUAAUAAGAUAUUUUAUAUAUGACAAAGUUUUAUGAAAUGCUUUUUUACUAUUAGAAACCUGUUCCUUCUGCUAUGACAGAACACAGCGUCCGUCAACUGCAGGCAUAAUUCCCCAAUUAUACAGUUGCAUGUCAGGGGAACUUCUCAUCUAAUGCAGUGGAUGUGGGUAUUUUUAGGGCAUUGUAAUUGAUGGUUUUAAUAAUUGCUGAAUAAUUUUUGAUUGAGACGAAUUCUAAUGCAAUUACUAGGUCUUUUCGAGCCACAGAACAGAAGUAAAAGAGAAAAGCUAUUUGAGCAUGUGUACUUAUAGAUUUAUUUGGGUGGCUGAGUAAAGAUGCUGCUUUUGAAAUACAAUUGGUGCUGCGUAGACCCUUAUAACCAAAAUUAUUUUUAUAACAGGCCAGAAAGAAGGAGACAAGAGACCAUGGACCUUUGAGUCUAAAAGUUAUGCAUAAUUGACUGCUGCAGCUUAUGUAUUUUAAUAUUGACUUCAUCCACAUGCAGUGAGAGCAUGUUACUGGCAUUUAUGAGGCAAAAAUGCCGUCAGAGCCAGUAUUACAGAUAUGUUGCUGCAGGCCCAGAGUGUAGGACAUAUCUGUUCUAAACUGGAGCUCCUUUUCAGCUUUGAAGAGGGAAAGGAGGGAGAGAAGAAAGCCAGAUCAAAACCAAGGGAUCCUCCAUGCCCACAUGUAGCUGCUGAAGCCACAACAGAAAUCAGGGGUUUUUUUUAAUUGAAUUGUUGAACUAUCCCAGAUUGCUUUAAAGGAGAAAAAAAGUUCAGAGUCCUCUGUCUUUUUUUUAUUAUUAAAAUUUCUAUUGUUUCUGCAACCCAUGGCCACCACACCCAUAAAUACAUAAGAAAGCAACAGAAACCCUACAACGCCUUGUUUCUUUAGACCUCCUGGUGAAAGUAAGCCCAAAACAUGAGCUGUGUGUAACAGAGCCGAGUGUCACCAUGCCCCAUUUCAAAAUUUGCUUCACUUAACAAAGUGAAACGUCACCAGAUGUUUCCGUCUGUUGCACAAGGAACUGAUCCCCAUUCGAGGCUCGCCUGGUGAUAGCUUUUUCCAGUGCACGUGUGAGUGUGACUUGGCUCCAUGCGAAGUGCUAGGCUCGAGGGCGCAGAAAACAGGAAUACCAGAUAAUAGACCGUUCUAAGCUCUGUCAUUGCUGUUUAUGAAUUUGAUUUUUUUCCUUCAUUUCAUGUUAGAUUGGAGACACAAACAAACCGCUUUCGAGUACCCCCAGAAGCUAUCUGUGUUACCAGAUAUGUUGUGAACAUUCUCUUUUUCAUAGGUGCUUCCAUAAUAUAACAUGUCCAUCAUAGUGAUGGAGGGGGACUGGGCUCCUUCUGCCUCCUCACUCGCCAGUUGUCUCCUGCAGCUGAUGGAAAUAUAUAUUUUAUUUUAGAAUAUAAUUUAAACAUGAAGGUCUAUUCUUUGCACUUUUUAUUAAUACAUAUAUAUAUAGAGAGAGAAUCUUUAAAAAAAAUUAAAAUUUCCAAGUCUA